AAUUAUGGCCCAAACGCUUUCAUCAAAAUACUCCUUUCUAGCCGUAUUGUUAAGGAUUGUGGCGCUCCUUGCUUGCUUCGAACAUUGCCGAUCUCUUACGUUCGGAGAAAAGCUAUCAAAGUAUGGAUCAAGGUCACUCUACUACAGAACAAGACGGAACAAACGAGACAUCGGAGUUUUGAAAACAGAGAAACUGACUCCUCUGAAUUACGAUGAUACCUUUGCCUAUGGAUGCUUGCACGAUAUCCCGAUUCCAAAUAGUACUUUGGAAACAACCUUCACGCCCCAACAAGAAAGAGCUGUACUCAUGGAAAUAUUCGACCAAACAGAUGGUCACAAUUGGAGAAAAAGUACUCACUGGGGGAACAACUCUGUACCACACUGCUUUUGGUAUGGAAUCACAUGUGAUCAAACCAAUAGCUACAUUAUCAGUAUCACUUUGACCACAAACAAUUUGGUUGGGGCUCUUCCAAGAAGUUUGUGGAAACUUCGUAAUUUGCAGGGUUUGUGUGUAGGUAACAACAACAAGCUCUUUGGCAACCUUUUUGAAAUUUUGUCUACCAACAUGACCACCUUGCUUCGUCUUGAUCUUGCUUUUAAUAAGUUGUCUGGUGAGAUUCCCGCUGAAAUCUUACCAAAGAUGGAAUCUUUGGUAAAAGUUCAACUCUGCUGCCAAUUGGGAAAGGGUCUCUCAAGUACAAUUCCAAGGGACAUUGGGAACUUGAGUGAGCUGCAAGUUCUCAGUAUCGGAGAAAACACAUUGAAUGGCAUGAUUCCGAAGAGCAUUGCCAAAUUGAAGAAGCUUUGGUUUUUGGAUCUUGAAAGUGUGUCAUUUCUAAGUGGAGGAUUUGAAAACCUUUAUAAUCUGUCAUCUCUACGUUAUAUGCACCUGUCUCUUGCCGGGCUAAACGGGACUUUACCAGAUGAUUUUGGACUUUACUUUCCUGCUAUGAUUGAGUGUCUUUUGCCUGGCAAUCAUUUCAGUGGAAGCAUUCCUUCAACAAUGGGUAACAUGACAAACUUAUGGCAUUUAAACUUGGCGAACAACGCUUUUUCUGGAAAAUUACCAAAAAGCAUAGGCUCAAUACCCAUGCUUCAAGUUGCUGAUUUCAGUGGAAAUCAGUUAUCGGGGCUACAAGAAGGAAUUGUUUUCAAGUCAAAAUCCUUAGAAGUACUUAAUUUGGCUGGUAAUGAACAGCUCACAAUGACGUUUAAUGCCCUAUUAGAAGCAAUGGAACCCAUAAAUCAAUCGUUGCGUAUUCUUAACAUCAGUGACUGCAAUUUUCUUGGAAAAAUCUCCGCGAAACUGUGGGACUUCCAAAAUUUGAUUUCUGUAGAUUUAAGUAGAAAUAGCUUGUUUGGACAGCUUCCAUCUCCCCCAUAUAAUAUGUUAUUUCUUCUUAAUCUUGACGUAUCUGCGAACAACCUUUCAGGAAAAAUUCCUCAAGAAUUUGCAAAACUCUUAGCACUGGAAGUCUUCGACAUCUCAGUGAAUCCCAAUAUGCACGAGUCCAACGAGGAAAAAGGAGCUCUACCCAACUUCGUGACGGUUGAUUUUAAAACUUUUACGCAGAGAAAUUCAGAUGAUAAUUUCAGUUGUCCCAAUGCUCGACUCAGUUACAACAAAGGACUUGUCGUGUUAGACCCAAAUUACUAUUUUUACCGUCUGUGCCUUUGUAAUAUUGGAUACUAUGGCUCAGGAAGAACCUGUUUACCUUGUAUGGAAGGGGGAGUGUGUCACGAUCAAAUGCUUCCUACGCAGUCGAUGAUCAUUAAAAAGGGAUAUUGGCCUUCAUCACUUCAUGGAAACGUGACUCACCUAGUAAGAUGUUCGCAAGCUUUGGGCACCAGUGUCCUCGUAAAAACAGCAUGUAAUCCAACUGGCUCUUGUGAGUGUGGUAUUGAUCCUGAUUGGCUUAGGGAGACAAAUGGAGCAAUUGACAGACCAUUCAUUACUUGUAACAAGUCGUGCCUUUGUCAGAAAGGUAGUCGAGAUAGGUUUUGCUCCCUUUGUGAACAUGGUUAUUACAAACAGGGAAUACUUUGCUACGCCUGUCGUAAAAGUAAAGCCAGUGUGUACAUUAUAGCCGUACUUCUGAUUCUUUCCAUCAUGCUCAUUACCCUUGGGUUUUUCUUUUACGAGAAGAAGAGAUUUCUAUCUGUUACUUUUGUCUGUUCUCAAAUCAUCAUUUUAACCGUUUUGGCGAUGCUUCAAAUCAUUCCAGCCUGGCUCCUCGAACUCAACGUUAUUGCUCUUUUCAUCGGUUUAGCUGGAAGAGGAAAGGGAGCAAGAGGAAUCAUGAAGACAAGCGUAUUUUAUUUCCAAACUUUUGAUGCCUUAUUGUCCAACACGGACGUUUGGCCGGUUGAGGUUUUGGAGACGCAGAGAUACAUUGGAAAUGUUUUCAACUUUCGUUUCUCUGGCCUGGCUUGUGAGUUUCCGAGGUUGUUUACACCACUCGGCGAGCUCGCAUCUCUUUUAAUUCUUCCUCUUAUCUGCAUCUUGCUUGUCUGGUUCUACUUCACCCUUGGUUACCUCGUCUUUAAAAUUUUUAAAUAUUCCAAUUUAGAAGAAAGACGACUUCGACUUCGGAAUACCUGUUUACAACUCUCGGUCAUGACUCUUAACUUUACGUACUUUCCCAUUGUGAAAAAGACAGCGUCUACCCUUGCGCAUUGUGGUGAGGAUAAUGGCCAGCGUUACUUGAGGGAGGCCCCAUGGAUGGAAUGUGAAGGUUAUGACUACACCAUCUUACAGGUGUUAGGCUGGCUUGCCCUGCCUCUUUAUGUGAUCGGUGUGCCUUUUGGAUUGUUCCUUCCUCUCCUGCACUUCAAUAAGGUGGCCAGAAGACAUGAAAUGCCCCAGCAAGACCAAGAAUCUUUGGACAGCUGGCUCGGUUCUAUCUACUUGCCAUACAAGGAAGAAUUUCGUUCUUAUUUUGAGAUCAUCUUUCUUCUGAGGCGGAUGCUGAUCGCUUUCGCGUUGUCUCUCAUCAAUCGUGCAUCGUCCUUUCAGACGAUAGCUGUUUGCUUUGUUUUGCUGGUUGCUUUGUGCUUGCAGUUGUCCUUCAGGCCGUUAAACGACUCUUACCAAAAGUUCCCAUUGGAAAACACAGCAGAGACCUUGGUUCUUUUGACUCUUCAUUUCUCUUUCAUGAACGUAAGGUACGCAGCUCUGAACCCUGACUCAUCCUUACCCAUCAUUUGGAUGAUUGUGUCGGUGAACGUGGUUCUACUUUGCGGAAUGGUUGUUUCGAUAAUUUUGUUAUUGAAAAAGGCGGGAAAUGCAGAUGAAAUGGUUCAUGAAGCAAGAGGACACGAAGAACACGCACCAGUCCUAGGGGACGGCGCUGGAGAACAAUACGGAACUUUUGAGGAGUAAUUGCAUUAGACUAUGCGUGAACUCAAGUCUUAUUCAGAUACUUGGUAACUGUUCCUUUCGAAAGUAACGCUAUCUGUGAAAUUUUCUUUUAAAUGUUAAGAAACAAUUUAGCAUGAAGGACAAUACAUGGCCGCGUGCGCGGAUACGAAUUUUCCCUUGGAGGGUUUUAAGAAAUUAUCAACCAAUAAGGAAAACGAACAAAAGAGAGACGCCAUCAACACACAAAAAUAAUUUGAUGUUCUGUUUGUUGGAAAGCUUUUAAUGAAACCAACAAAUAGAAGAUAGCUCAGAAAAAUAAAAACAGUGGGAGUAUUACAUCUCGUUCUCACCGCAGAAAAUGCUUUUUUAAUUACUGGUACAACUUUAAGGCAAGUUCUCCCUACAAAAACAUUUACCGUUUGUCAUA